CCUGACAACAAAUAUCAAUGGAUCACAUACGGAGAGGUAAACGAACGCUCCACUAAUCUUGGUUCGGGCUUAGUGCACCUUGGUUGUCAACCUUCUCAAAAUACGUUCAUUGGAAUCUACGGACCCAACUGUGUCGAGUGGGAUCUAGCUGACCUCGCCUGUCAGAUGCAUUCCAUGAUUUCUGUGCCAAUUUACGACACACACGGAGCCGAAGGAUGUAUUUAUAUCAUAAACCAUGCCGACAUUGAGACAAUCAUAUGUAAUGGCAGCAAACUCCGAUUUCUAUUCGACAAUGCCAAGCAAUGUGAGAAGUUAAAAAGAAUCGUCAAGAUGGAUGGACCUGUGACGGAGGAAGAAAAGAAAGAAGCUGAUUCACUUGGGAUUACAAUUCUGAACAUCCUGGAAGUGGAGUUUGAAUAUCUGGUAAUGCUAGUCUUUUUAUUUAUUUUUGCUCUUCAACAUAAAGGAACGCCUAAAGGUGCCAUGAUGACCAACGCCAACAUGAAUUCAGAGAUGGCUGCUAUCCAAAUGCAAUAUGAGGCAGCAGGAAUUCAGCUGAAUGAAAAUGAUUGUAUAAUCUCUUAUCUUCCGCUCGCUCACAUGUAUGAGAGAAUAGCUCAGGCGCUGUGCUUUUUUAAUGGAGUGCGUAUUGGUUUCUACCAAGGUGACGUGAAACUCCUAUUGAGCGACAUUCAAGAGCUGAAACCAACAAUUUUCCCGUCAGUUCCUCGACUACUUACCAGAGUGUACGACAAGGUUGUAGAGGGUUACGGACAAACUGAGAAUGCUGCAGGAGCAACUAUAACUUGGCUGACAGAUACGUCAACAGGUCAUGUUGGUGCCCCGCUUCCCUGUAAUCUGGUUAAGUUAGUCGAUAUCCCAGAAAAGGAAUGUUACUCAAAAGAUGGAAGAGGGGAAGUGUGUUUAAAGGGGCCAAACGUCUUCAUAGGGUAUUUGAAGGCUCCUGAGAAGACCGCUGAGACUAUUGACAAGGAUGGCUGGCUUCACACGGGAGAUAUAGGAGAAUGGCUUCCGAAUGGCACUUUGAAGAUCGUCGAUCGAGUCAAGCAUAUCUUUAAACUUGCUCAGGUGAUUACUAUUAUUUUUCUCUAAUUUUCCUGUUUGGAAAUUUUUCACCUUCUCAGUCGCUUCUUUUUCUGAUUUAAAAGCGGUGGCCUGGGUU